UCUGAGCUGUGUGCAGAGGACGGUGGUGCACUCCUACAACAUGGACCCACCUGGACCUGGCCCCGGGUCUAAACCCAGACCUGGACCUGCUCCCAGCUCUGUGUCUCUGAAGAGUGACCGCUCCAAAAACCCUUCCUCCUGACUUUGGAGAAGCUCCUCCUGAAGACCAGAGUUUGGGACAGAUGAGCUCAGGUGGGACAGGAUCACAGGGGCUUCUACACAUUGUACAGAAGUCUCAAAGAAUCAGCUGUUCUGAACCAGGACGACCCUGAACACAUCAUCACACUCCUACAACAUGGACCCACCUGGACCUGGCCCCGGGUCUAAACCCAGACCUGGACCUGCUCCCAGCUCUGUGUCUCUGAAGAGUGACCGCUCCAAAAACCUUCCUCCUGAGUUUGGAGAAGCUCCUCCUGAAGACCAGAGGGAGCCAGGCCCAGAGGAGCAGCUGGACGUCAUAUUCAAGCGUCUGGAGGAGGACGUCUUGACUUUUGUCCAACAGCAGCUGCAGAGGCUCCACAGGCUCCUGGCCUCAGAUUACCCAGAAUGCUCCGAGAGUGAGGAGGAGGAGAGCAGAGAGGUUCUGAACAUCACCCUGGACUUCCUGAAGAGGAUGGACCAGGAACAUCUGGCCCAGCGCCUGAGAGACAGGAGUAAAGUUGGAUUCAGAGAUAAACUGAAGUGUGAUCUGCAGCAGAGGUUCAGUCGUGUGUUUGAGGGCGUGGCUAAAGCAGGAGACUCCGCCCCCCUGACCCAGAUCUACACAGAGCUCUACAUCACAGAGGGCGGAGCCUCAGAGGUCAACCAGGAACAUGAGGUCAGACACGUGGAGACGGUGUCCAGGAGACCGGCCGCUCCAGAGACCAUCACACGUGAAAAGCUCUUUAAACCCCGCCCACAUUCACCACAGCCAAUCAGAUUAGUGCUGACGAAGGGCGUGGCCGGCGUGGGGAAAACAGUGCUGACUCAGAAGUUGAGUCUGGACUGGGCUGAAGGCCGGGCCCACCAGGACCUCCAGCUGCUGUUCCCCUUCACUUUCAGAGAUCUGAACGUGCUCAGAGACACACAGUUCAGCCUGGUGGAGCUGCUGCACCACUUCUUCAGUCCAUCCAAAGAUCUCUGCAGCUUCCAACAGCUCCAGGUGCUCUUCAUCUUUGACGGUCUGGACGAGUGCAGACUUCCUCUGGACUUCGGCCGAACCCGGGUCCUGAGCGACCCCACAGAGUCCGCCUCAGUGCACGUGCUGCUGGUGAACCUCAUCAGGGGGAGCCUGCUUCCCUCCGCUCUCCUCUGGAUAACCACGCGCCCCGCCGCGGCCAAUCAGAUCCCUGCUGAGUGCGUCUCCAUGGUGACAGAGGUGCGAGGGUUCGCCGACCCGCAGAAGGAGCAGUACUUCAGGAAGAGGUUCAGAGACCAGGCCACGGUCGUCAUCUCCCACAUCAAGAGCGUCCGCAGCCUCCACAUCAUGAGCCACAUCCCGAUCUUCUGCUGGAUCCUCUCCACAGUUCUACGGAAGCUUCUGGAACAAACAGAACCAGAGCUGCCCCGGACUCUCACACAGAUGUACGUCCACUUCCUGGUGGUGCAGGCCAAAGUCCAGAACAUCAAGUAUCAGCAGGGAUCAGGGGAGGACCUUCACUGGACUCCAGAGACCAGGGAGAUGGUGAAGUCUCUGGGAAAAGUGGCCUUUGAGCAGCUGCAGAAAGGAAACCUGAUCUUCUACGAGAGUGACCUGAGCGAGUGUGGGCUGGACGCUGCAGCGGCCUCAGUGUACUCCGGAGUGUUCACACAGGUCUUUAGAGAGGAGCCAGGCCUGUACCAGGACAAGGUCUACUGCUUCAUCCAUCUGAGUGUGCAGGAGUUUCUGGCUGCUCUUCACGUCCAUCAGACCUUCUACAGCUCUGGAGAGAACCUGCUGGAGACACCACACUCCUCUGAGAUGCCAAAGUCUGGAUUAAAACGUAAAAGAAAAUGCACUUCGACGCAAGAAAUCUCCAUGACACCAGACUCUGAGGAGUCUGAGGACUAUUCAGAUACAGAGAUCUCCUCUGUCCCCUCCAUGACACCAGAGGCAGCCUUCUACCGCUCUGCUGUGGACCAGGCCUUACAGAGUCCAAACGGACACCUGGACCUGUUCCUGCGCUUCCUCCUGGGGCUGUCUCUGCCGACCAAUCAGAGGCUGCUGCAGGGUCUUCUGACUCACACAGGAAGUGACCCGACCAAUCAGGAGACAUUAAAGUUCAUCAAACAGAAGCUGGAUGAAGAGGGUCUGUCUGCAGAGAGAAGUCUGAACCUGUUCCACUGUCUGAACGAACUCAACGACCAAAGUCUGGUGCAGGAGAUACAGAAGAACAUGAGAGAAGGUCGUCACGCUGAUGGAACCAUGUCUCCUGCUCAGUGGUCUGCUCUGUCCUUCAUCUUACUGUCCUCAGACUCAGACCUGGACGAGUUUGACCUGAGGAAAUACCAGGGCUCAGAGAACGCUCUCCUGGGUCUGCUGCCGGUGGUCAGAGCCUCCACCAAAGCCCUUCUUUGUGGCUGUGGUCUGUCUCCUCACAGCUGUGCUCCUCUGGCCUCAGUCCUCAGCUCCUCCAGUCUCACACAUCUGGAUCUCAGUCACAACGACCUCCAGGACUCAGGAGUGGAGCUGCUGUGUUCUGGACUGAAGAGCGCCCCCUGCAGACUGGAGACGCUCAGGCUGUCUGGAUGUCUGGUCUCAGAGAGGGGCGGGGCUGCUCUGGCCUCAGCUCUGAGCUCCGCCCCCUCCCACCUCAGAGAGUUCGACCUGAGCUACAACCAUCCAGGACCCUCCGCCGAGCUCCUGACCGCUCUACAGGACCAGCGCCCCCUGCUGUCUGUCAGGUUGGAUCCUGCUGGAGAGCGCUGGAUGGUUCCAGGUCUGAGGAAGUACUCCUGUGACGUUUCUCUGGACCCAAACUCAGCUCACAGACUUCUGCUUCUGUCUGAGGACCAUCGGACUCUGACUCGAGCGAAGGAGGAUCAGGAGUAUCCAGAUCAUGAGAACAGGUUCACAGACUAUGUUCAGGUCCUGAGCUGCACUGGCCUGAGGGGGCGCUGUUACUGGGAGGUGGACUGGAGCGGGAGGGUUUAUAUUGCAGUGAGUUACAGAAAGAUCAGUAGAAAAGGACCGGAACGGGAGUGUGGGUUUGGAAGCAAUGAUCACUCCUGGAGUCUGGGGAUGACUGAUGAUGGAGUGUACUAUGUUAUUCACAACAGAAACUCCGCACGACUCCAACGCUCCUGUCAAUCAAGGAGAGAGGGCGUGUCCUCUGGUAAAGGGGGCGUGUUCUUUGGCAGAGUGGGCGUGUUCCUGGACUCUGAGGCUGGAGCUCUGUCCUUCUAUGACGUCUCCUCUGAUGGAGAACUGUUCCACCUCUGGACCUUCUCCUCGUCCUUCUCUGAGCCUCUGUUUCCAGGGUUUACACUGUGGGAUAAAGAAGGUUCCUCUGUGACUCUGGUGAAAGAGACGGAACAAAACAGAAGAGAAGCUGGACUUGUCCCACGAUGACGACGCGAGAACAAAAGAUAAAGAGAAAUAAGAACAAAAUGGAGCUUCAGUGUCAUUACAGAAAUUUGACUUUGACUCAAAUAAAAACUAAACACAGAAACUGAACGAGGUCAAAGUGACUGUUCUUCAUAUAUAAACAGAGAGAGGAAGGGUCAUAUCGUCCAUGAGGUCGUCUGUGGUUUUAAGUGUCUGUAUAUCGUCCGUGCUGCUGAUUAAACCGAUGUGUCUUUCCAUUUCA